UGGCGGCUUGCACGAGUUGACAAGAGGUUUGGGUUUUGUGUCAAAGAAGCGCUAAAAAUGUUCACCUAAACCGUAUAUCAAGAGAUUAAUGUGUUAUUUAUAUGAAAAGGUAUUUAAAGAAGGAUUAUAUGUAGAAUUUCAAGGUGUUCUUUCGUGGUAGAGCCGUGCAAGUCGUACUUCUUUGGAAGUUGUUUACAACAUUGCACGAUGUCUGGUGUUUCUCAAACCCCUCCAUUUCCUCCACCUGAAGAUCAAGAUCAGAAGAAUAUCAUUGACAAGCUUGCAAACUUUGUUGCCAGAAAUGGCAGCAAAUUUGAGGAGAUGACCAAGGAGAAACAGAAAGGAAAUCCAAAGUUUGCAUUUUUGUUUAGUGGGGAAUUCUACAACUACUAUAGAUGGAAAGUUUCAUUUGAAAUUGCUCAACAACAAACUCAGCAGCAUCUACAAAACCAGCAACAACUAGUACAGCAAGCAGCAGCACAAUUUGGUACAAACCCUCAAGCACAUCURGUGCAGCAAGCAAUUGUUCAGCAGUCAAUCAACUCAGCACCAUGGCAACAAGCACAGCAACAGGCCCAACAGCAGAUGCAAGCUCUUCAACAACAACAACAACAACAGCAGCAGCAGCAGCAACAACAACAACAACAACAACAACAACAACAACAGGCCCAAGCUGCUGUCUCCAUUCCUAUGUACCAACCUCCCCCAGCUGUAUUACAGCAGCAACCCAAUGAACUGGAUAUCACAGAACUAGAAACCCUAUUACACAAGAUUAUGGAGUCCUGCACUAAGGAUUCUAUAUCAAAUGGAAAGAAUUUCAUCUUUACAAAUGCAAAGACUCCUUCACAGUGCUAUCAGAUUUCUCAGUAUUUACUCAAGAGAGCACUUGGUCCUGGAAUGCAGUUUCAACACAAGCUUCAUAUAGUCUACCUUGUCAAUGACAUUCUUCAUCAUUGUCAGAGGAAAGGAGCGCAAGACCUAAAGAAAUCCCUUGAGGACAUCAUAGUGCCUUUGUUCUUUUGCACACAGAUUGGAGAGUCUCCAGAAAAUCUGCAGAAAGUAACAAAGGUUUUAGGAAUCUGGGAAAGUCAUAACCUUUUUGAGGCAUCCCUCUUACAGGAACUGAAAAACUCUGAAGCUGGUCAGAGUAAAGUUGAUGCAGCUCGAGAACAAGUCUUUAACCAAGGUUAUUAUAUUCCACCAGAACGUUAUAAGAAAUAUUAUCAGCAGUCACAGGAUAACCAGCCGAUACCACAGGCAGACCAGCAACCUCAACAAGGAAGAAAAGAUAAUUUAGCGCAGCAAAAACUAGAAGAGAGUUCCCAAGAGACAAUUGAUGAAACAAAGGAACAAGCAAAAGAUCCUGUUAAGAAAGAAGUCAAAGAAGAACAUGCAGAGCAAAUGACAGCAGAAGAAACAGAGAAAAGGCAGGAGGAGGCACCCAUGCAGCAGCAACCAUAUCCAGCAGCCCCCUAUCAGCAGCACCCUCAGUCAUUUCCUCCUCCAUUUGGUGACCAGCGACCACAGUAUUAUGGUCACGGCCCUCCGCCAUUUGCUCCUCAUUUUCCUCCUCCACCAUACAUGCCAGAUUUCAGACACCCACCUCCAGCGAUGUAUGGCCAUGUGCCUCCAAACUUCCAUGAUGAAGGCUACCAUGGAAGACCGCCGCCUCCUCCAUUCCGUGGUCCACCUCAACAGUUUGACUACCAGCACCAGAGGCCAGAAUUUGAGCAGUAUGAUGGCAGGGGACCGCCACCAAUGGUGAACGACUACAACCACGGCCGAUCGCAAGAAGAGGAAGGGUACGGUAUGGAGGAAUAUGACAUGCCACCCGAGCCACCCAUCCCUGAACCUAUCAUACCUACAGCCAUGUACUAUGAGCUCCCUGCUGGCCUUAUGGCUCCCUUAGUAGGGUUGCCGGACGUGGACUACAAACCAAUAGAUCCGGCUGCUCUUCGUCUUCCCGCACCGCAGCCACCAAGUGAAAGACUUCUGGCUGCAGUUGAAGCGUUUUACAGUCCUCCCAGUCACGAGAGGCCCAGGAAUAGUGAAGGUUGGGAGCAAAGUGGUUUAUUUGAAUUUUACAAAGCAAAGCUGAAGUACAUCAAAGAUCGCGAGGAAGCAGAGAAACUCAAAGUGCAAGAAUUCCCACCAAGCAGAUCAAGAUCAAGGUCUCGGUCCAGAUCACCCCGACGGUCACGUUCUCGUUCCCCUUCUCCUCGGCAGCAGCGAUCUCGGUCUCGAUCUCGUUCCAGAUCUCCCAGGAGACGUCACUCUCGCUCUCGAAGCCGGUCCAUCUCUCCGAAGAGGAGAAGAUCACGAUCGCGCUCGAGAUCUCGGUCACGCUCACGCUCAAGAUCACGCUCGAGAUCACGGUCACGUUCAAUCUCGCCAAUGUUCAAGUCUAACAGAAGUCCUGGUAGAAGUCCCACUCCACCAAGUUUCCAUCCAUCGUACACGUCAAAGGUGCCUGAGCAGAGACUGGAUGAAAGUAAUGUGGGACAUCAGAUGCUUAAGAAAAUGGGAUGGGAAGGAGCUGGCCUGGGUAGGAGUCAGCAAGGAAUCUAUGAUCCGAUAUCAGGGGGAGAGGUUCGGGAUAAGUUUGACAAGUUUAAGGGAGUAGGUGCUGACAUGAAGGAUCCAUUUGAAGCGUACAGGAAAAGUAAAAGCUACUCAUUCCUUGGAUCGCGUAUCGCUAAGUCCGAAGCAAAAGCUGCAGCAAAGGCAGCUGCAAGAGAAGAGAAGGAGAAGGAGAGAAUGAAAAAGUGAAUUCAGUCACCUUUGUCAAAAGCACGACAUUCUUGAAUUACGUUCUGCUCUCGUCACACAGUGAAACUACUGUAGUUCUUUUUGUGUGAAGAUUCCGACUGAGCGCACAGUUCUCGCCAGUCUGGUUGCCAAGCAACAUGACAUGGCCCUGUGAUGUCAAGCUCAUGCGACCACAUUCGUCGUUUUCGUGGAUGCUCGGCCAGUUUCCUGAAUGGUCGACAUGUAUCGGAAACUCCUCCAUCAUCUGUGUCGAACUUGUCAAGGAUUUGCGAAAAGUUUCCCCCUUCCCUGUCAAUGGGCUAAAAUUGUAUCUAAUCCCCCUGUACUGCUUGGAAGAACUCCCUUGAUAGCGCGGGGACUUUUUUUCUCGCGAAAGCCACUGUUGCGUGCAUUUCACUUCAGAUAAAAUGAACUUUUAUUAACUCCUCAUACCCCAUUGGUUCACAAACUAAACUUAUGUUGCAAAACAGGUUUUAAAGUUUGGAAGCCAGCUACAAGAUAGUUGUGGUUCCAUUCUUGAAAACGUCUUUGCUAAAGGCUCCUAUUAAUUAGCUGUUUCAGUUCAUAACCUCUUGUGAACUUUGCUUUGAGUGCAAUAUCGUGUGGUGAGGUAUCCAGAAAGUUUGGGUUUCUGUAAAGCAGCCUUAUUCAACAUUAACGUUAUUUACGCUUUAGCGUAAAACUACUAAGCCACAGUAUUGAAGGCUCUAUGGUCUUUGGAUACUAUAACACGACUGCGCUUUAAGCUCCUUAAUGUACAAACAAUUGCACAUUAAGGCGAAAUA